AUGCAGUUCACCAGCAUCCUCCUCCUCGCCGCUCCCCUCCUUGCCUUCGCGGCUCCUGCCGACAUGACUGCUGACCCAGUCAACGUCGCCAUCGAAGCCCGCAAAGUCGACGGCUGCGUCGUCAGCUCCGUAUGGGGCGGCGAAUGGACCGAAAACGGUCUCGCCCGUUACCGCACCAAGUUCACCGCCAAGAAGAUUCCUUCUUCUGACGUUUGCAAGGUUCCCUACUUCAGCUGUAUGGCCAUGACCAACCGCGCGUGCUGGACCGAAGGCGACACCACGUUCGUCGACGCCAGCUUCGUCAAGGGCGCUGGCUUUGGAAGCUACACCGAGUGUCUUCGCAAGGCCAAGGCGCAGUGGGCUAGGGAUAACGGAUGCGCUUGUGAGGGCGAGUUCUGCUAG